GACUCAGUCUGCCCUUCGCCUCAGAGCGCAGCCAGUUUGGGUCCCCGCAGCAUUCAACCGAGUCGAAGAGGUUCAGUCACCAAGACCUUCCGCAGUUUUCCACACGGAUUUUUAAAAAAACUAAAAUUACCGAUAAAGAGCAAGAAUAGCGACUUCUAACUGCAAAUAUUUUGGAAAUCCCGAAGAGAAACUUUUGAUUUGCAGUUUUUUUUUUUUGGCAUCUGUGAGGAGGAGCUGUUUUUUUUUUACUUGUUUUUUUUUAUGUUUAAAAAAAAAAAUCACAAAAAAAAGAACCAAAACAAAAAUAAUAUUUGCCAAAAACAACCUGUCGGAGAUUGAUGGAGAAAGGCAGUUAUUUUUGAAGAUCGCGCCACAUGUCCAGAAAGGAAGGGGCUUCAGCUGCAGCGCUCCACUCAGCAGAAAUAAAUGUGACUCGGUGUCGGAACGCUUGUUUUUUGCCUGAACGUUUUUUUUUUUUUUUUUUUUAAUUAAACUCUACAGCGACUUGAGACUCCUGCCAAGCUAUUGGACUUGAACUCCGAGCCGAGGAGGCGGAGUCUUAACUUAUUAAAAAGGAACUUUCGGAGGUUCGGGCGCCAGCAAAUAUGAUGAUGAUGUCUCUGAACAGCAAGCAGGCUUUCACCAUGGCCCACACCAGCCUGCCCGAACCCAAGUACUCUCUGCACUCGUCCUCGUCCUCCACUCUGACUUCCAACGCGCCCUCGUCCUCCUGCUCGUCCUCCCGCCACAGCAGCAGCACCAUAAUCAGCAGCAGCGGCAGCAGCAGCAGCUCCGAGGUGAUGCGCAGAGCUUGUCUCCCAACCCCACCGAGCAAUAUAUUCGGAGGCUUGGAUGAGAGUUUGUUGGCCCGGGCUGAAGCUCUAGCGGCGGUGGAUAUCGUCUCGCAGACCAAGAGCCACCACCACCCUCCACAUCACAGCCCCUUCAAGCCUGACGCGACCUACCACACAAUGAACACUCUGCCCUGCACCUCCUCUUCCUCCUCAUCAUCCUCGGUGCCUAUUUCUCAUCCGUCCGCUUUGGCUGGCCACCACCAUCACCACCAUCACCACCACCAUCACCAGCCUCACCAGGCGCUGGAGGGGGACCUGCUGGACCACAUCACCCCGGGACUCGCGCUGGGAGCCAUGGCAGGGCCGGACGGCUCGGUGGUUUCCACGCCUGCGCACCCUGCCCACAUGGCUGGCAUGAACCACAUGCACCAGGCGGCCAUCAACAUGGCUCAUGCCCACGGGCUGCCGCCGCACAUGGGCAUGAACGACGUGGACGCCGAUCCCAGGGACUUGGAAGCGUUCGCGGAGAGGUUUAAGCAGAGAAGGAUCAAACUCGGGGUCACCCAGGCGGACGUGGGGUCAGCUUUAGCCAGCCUUAAGAUUCCCGGAGUGGGCUCCCUCAGCCAGAGCACCAUCUGCCGCUUCGAGUCCCUCACCUUGUCCCACAACAACAUGAUCGCUUUGAAGCCCAUCCUGCAAGCCUGGCUGGAGGAAGCCGAGAAAUCACACAGGGAGAAACUUAACAAGCCCGAGUUGUUCAACGGCGCGGAGAAGAAGAGGAAGCGCACGUCGAUAGCCGCGCCGGAGAAGCGCUCGCUUGAGGCCUACUUCGCCAUCCAACCGCGUCCCUCCUCGGAGAAAAUCGCAGCGAUUGCUGAAAAGCUGGACCUGAAAAAGAACGUGGUGCGGGUCUGGUUCUGCAACCAGCGGCAGAAACAGAAACGAAUGAAAUACUCAGCAUGCGUCUAAAAAAAAAAAAAAAAAAUCAAAAACAAGAAAAAAUAAACACACAAAAGACUUGGAACUGAUGAAAAUGAUUUGUAUUAUAUUUCCUAACUCACGCCCUCUUUUUCAAUCAUCAGACUCUUUAAAAAACGAAAAGAAAAAAAAAGAACUAAAGAGGAACAAUGACUGAAAAAAGAAAAAAC